UUUAUAUAAACCAGCUGUAUGGUUCUGGAGCAUAUUCGGGUGUUUGACGCUAACUGAGACAGUAGAUGUGAGAGACUAUCAAAGAGGUCACUGGGAUUAAGACAAUGUCAGUGCUGUCUCUGCUGUGCCUGCUUGUGGCAGUUCACCUAGGAGAGUCUACUCCUGAUGGUCUGGACUACACCUCCAAACUCACAGGUGAAGGCAGAAGCCUGAUGCUGGGACAUAACCAGUGGCUGCCAUGUUCAGAUAAGAUGCCAGCUACGUGGAAGAUGGAACAGACACCUAUACUUGCCCUACUGUGUCGGAGGAAAAAGCUGUCCCCUUCUAAUCAGUUGUGGUCAGAGGAUUCCCCUGUGCCCAGCAGAGUCAGUUCGGCACCUGAUGGGGCAUUCCUGGUUGAAAGAGAAAAGGAUCUAUCCACAUAUAACUGGAACUCAUUUGGCUUAAGAUAUGGAAAAAGACAAAGUGGAGCAGUAAAUUCCAAAAUAAAGUUCUUGUAGAGUC